UAUAAAAAAGUACUCCACUUUUACUAAUAAGGUUGAUUUCGCUUAGCCAACUUGUUUUCGUCGCUUGGCUCACAUAUUUAUGAGAUUUCUGCUUCUCUGCGAGAGCUCAUAUUCCUGCGGACUCUCAGUCUGGUAAAUUAUGACUUUUAAUGGUUUUAAAAGGAAGUGGGUGGAAGCUUUUACUCCGUGGAAGAGGGAGCAAAAGGAGGCUCAAUACAGUUCUGACUUUGUAAGUGAACCAGUAAAGUUGAGUCGAACAGAACAGGGAUUUUAUUUGAAUCCUCAAAAUAAUCAUUUAGAUGUUUACACAAAGAGGGCUGUUUUAAAAGUUUCCACAUCUGUCGUCAGUCUUAAAUCAUACUCGGGGGAAAAAGAGAUAUUUCAAUGUUCUGGGACUAUUAUAGAAAGUGUCGACAGUUAUAGUAUAAUAUUAACCUCUGCAAGUCUCUUUAGGUGUUCCACGAGUGGAAAUUCUAUAGCGGAUAAUAUCAAGGUUAUCGUGUACCUAUUCGAUGGAAGAUCAUUUGAUGGUCAAAUCGAAUCGUAUGACCUCCACUACAAUGUUGCUGCCGUGAAGAUUCAAUCAGACACACCACUUCCAAUUGCAUCCUUGGCUCAUUUAAGUGAUUCUAUCACGAUUGAUCCGAGCCAGCUCCGGAGUACUGAGGAGAAUUCAUUUCAACUUCGUCCACAUUCAAAUUCAUUUGAUCUUGUUCCUGGAGAUAUAGUUAUUGCAGUUGGACGUUUUUAUGCGAAGCCAUAUGAUAUCACGGCUGCUCCUGGUGAAUUCUGCAUUGAUCACUGCGACGAUGACUUAGAGUGUAAAGAGCUUUUCAAGGCGACUUGCAAUAUUAUGAGAAGCGGUAUUGGGGGGCCGCUUAUUAACCGCUAUGGAGAAGUCAUUGGUAUUUGCUUUUAUGAUCCAGGCUCUAUUGCGUUCUUGCCAAUCAAUAUAGCUUCCAUAUGGUGGGAGCAUUAUAAGAAAUACAGGCUGUCACGUCGACCUUGGCUUGGGAUGGAAGUAACUAACCUUUAUGCAGCUCGCUUACGAAUUCUGGAAAUAAUUAUUUCAAAGUUCCCUGAUGUCUUGAAAGGUGUCAUUGUUGAAGAGGUCCUACCUGGUUCUUCUGCUGAAUCUGCUGGGAUAAAACCCAAUGAUGUUAUAAUUCAGUUUGGUGGAAAAAGAAUUCAGAGUUUCUUGGAGCUAUUCGAAAACAUGUGGAAUAAUGUUGGAGAAUCUGUGGAGUUGGUCGUGAUAAGAGCAAGUCAUGAUGUUCCUGUACAUCUUAGCAUGGUGGUGGAGGAGGUCACAUCAGAUAAAUUAUACAGCUGGCCACAUUGGGAGGUAUGAUGACAUUCAAGAAUAGUACAUCUUAAGGGUUGCAGAUAGCGUAGUGAGCAGUUUUGCCCCAGAAUACAAUCCACUUUUUUGGAGUUAUAGAGAACACUUCUUGCAAUGGGAUGUUCUCCAAGCAUUUUGUUGCAUUAGUAUAACACCAUAGAAAAUCUAGUUAGUAGUUUACCAAAUUAUCUUAUAUUAAGUAAUUUUUGGCUUAUCUGUGUAUUUGUUGGUAAAUACAAAAAGAUUGGCUUAUGAGGUAAAAUCAGUCGAAAAGAACCAUAAGUUGGUCAUCUUCAACUUAUGAUGGUAUAGUUUCUAGACGCUUUUGAUUUGAUUUAAGCUUUUUGCUAUUUUAUCCCUAAUAUCUUUUGUAAAUUA